GCUGCCAAAUGAACUUGUUACCGUUGUCCGCAGUGAUAUCAUAACACUGCAAUAUGAAGACGCGCUCAUAUGACUGCCACCCAUCUCCGUCUCUGGGAUAGACACAGCUGCUGUGACCAGGACCAAAAAGACUGGCAAUGGGGAGUAAACGUAGGAGGAAGGAUGCCAGCUGAACCCGUCAUCCCUCCGCCAACACCGCCGCCAGCGUCAGACUAACGAGGAGAGAAAGAAAAUGGCUCAGUCUGUGAGGAGGCCUAAGAGUCUCGGAUGCGUCGACCGUGAUCUCCAGAGGGACAAGAGCAGGACCGGCUACUUUGGAAAUGUCAAGAGCAGGCUGGGUGCUAAGCUCCCUCCUGGCGUCUCUCAGCCCCCACAGUUCGCUAAACGGCCCUGGGAGACUCAACCUCAGGCCCGGGUGAUGGAGGACCCCACGGCCUGCUGCAGCCAGCAUCAGCGCCAGCCCCUCUUGGGUCGGCCGCUUGACCACAUCCCGCACAUCAGAAACCCUAAGCUGCGGCAGUACUACCUGCAAGGGACACCACUGGAUCCUAACAAUACUGCAGUGAAGCAGGAGCACAUGGCUGGACCGUCAGAGGACAGCAGGGGUCCCCCCGGGGGAGACACUGUAUUCAGCAUCUCGUCUCAGUUCAGCAGUAACGGUGCGACUGUGGCAGAAGAGGGCAAGAUGGGUCACAGCUCCUCUUCAAAUUUAGUGUCCUUUUCUGCUGCCCUCAUCCCCAGAGAGCAGUUGCUCGUCCCGAAGGGAAAAAACCCUUCGACCAGUGGAAAAUCAUCCAAAGUAGAGCUGGACCAACGCUCUGAUCGUCACCUGAAGCCGGACACCGAGGCUGAUCCAGAAUCUUUGGAGACUCUCUCUGCUCAGCCUCAGUCCCCCUCACCAGAGGCAGAAUAUGACAAACUACUGGAUGUGGAGACGGUGCCGAUGCCCGACGGACAGCUCUGCUUGUUGGCUCUCCCACCGGAGUGCUGCGAGGGCGAGGGACCAGAGGCCAUGCAGUACCUCAAACUGUUCUGUCGCUACAUCACAGACCGUAAAGGUGUGGUUUCAGGUAUCCUGUUGGUGACCUCUAAUAAGAUCUUCUUCGACCCGUGUAAGACACACCCUCUGGUGAAGGAGCAUGGCUGUGAGGAAUACCUCCUCUCCUGCUCUAUUGAUAAUCUGUCGUCUGUCUCCUUCUUCUCCGACAUCUCACAUGUUCACUUCAGCAAGUUCCAGCAGAGGAGGAAAGGACAGAAAAUACUGCAGAAGUUGAAAUCUGCAAGACGGCGAGGAGCAGGAGGCCCCCCAAACCAAAAGGGGGAGUCAGACCCGGCUCUGGUGUCUGUGCCUCUGUCAGAUUUGUCCGGUCUGGCUCUGAGCCUGACCAAGGAGGUUUCUGUGGCGGAGGGGGAGACGGAGAGCAGAGACAUGGCGGCGGCUGAGGGAGAGCUGGAUAAAAUCCAACAGGGGGGGCUGCAAGAAGAGUCCACAGGAGUCCUUGGAGCUGCCGUCCUGAGCAGUGCUGCCACCUUCUGCUGUGGAGGUCAAGAGGCCGCGGGUCAAUCCAAAACAAAGCAGCUGAGCACUGAUGAAACAGAGAAGUCGUCCGUGAGGAGUCAGACUGCUGUGGCGCCCGCGUUGACAGCAGGUAGUCCUGGGAGUCUGAUGUUUGUGCGACUGCGAGUUCAGGCGGCUGCGGGCAAGAAAAAGGCUGCAGGAGGUCUUCAGCUGGGAGUGGCCAAAACGUCACCCAGAAGGGAAGCCUGGCUUACCCUUUCACAAGAAAGCGCUGACGAGCUGUACGCCUACCUGACACACUGUCGACCAGACCUGUGCGUACUCGAGGGGGGAGAGGAGGGAAAGGAGAUGGACCGCGACGAAGAGGAGUUUGUGCUCAUCGAGGACAAAGAGAAGGCCGGCCAACAGGAGGAAGAGGAGGAGGAAGAUGAAGAGGAUGAUUAUGAGGAGGAGGAAGAGGUUUUUCAGAGGCACCGCAGCACAGGAGACGAUUGGGAGAUGGUGUUGAUGGAAGAGAGCGGGGAAAAGCCGACCCUCGUCAUAGACCGGGAUCCUGAAGGACUCCAUAACAUCGUCGAGAGCAGCGCAGUUUUAGACGCUUCACAUGUCCGAGAGCUGUGUAAGGAGCUUCCCCCGAGGACCAUCGGCCACACCUGGCAGCUGGCUUUCAGUACAUCCCGCCACGGCGCCAGCCUCAAGUCCCUCUACAGAAAACUGAGUUCCACAGACUCCCCCGUGCUGAUCGUCAUUAAAGAUGCACUCGAUGAGAUAUUCGGGGCCUUCCUCUCUCACCCCCUGAGGCCCAGUGAGACGUUCUACGGCACCGGAGAGACCUUCCUCUUCAUGCUGCAUCCUCGCUUCAAGUGCUUCAGAUGGACUGGAGAGAACUCCUUCUUCAUCAAAGGAGACUUGGACUCAUUUGCCAUUGGUGGAGGAAGCGGUCACUUUGGUCUGUGGGUGGAUGAGAAUCUGUACCUGGGCCGCAGCAGCCCCUGCUACACCUUCAACAACUGCUGCCUCGCCGAAACCGACGACUUCCGAGUCAUGGAGCUGGAGGUGUGGACGUUCGGCUGAAGAGUUCACGGUCAUGUUUUUGACGCAGCUCAUCUUAACCUUUUUUAUUCACUGGGUAGACCUGAGCACAGCCGCUCAUUCAUUUCAUGGUGACAUCCAUGUGAGAAAAAGAAACACAAAAAACUAACAGACUGCUGGACUUGCUCGUGUUAUUGAGUGCUGUGAAAAGAAACAGAACUAGGAUCAGAGUGCCAGAGUGGAGGGGUUUUAAUGGAGUGUCAUUAUUGACUCAUUCCUGCGGGUUUGGCAACCGAGCGGCAUUCUGCUGAGCCGAGCGGAGCCAAGCUGGUAUGAGACGGGAUUCCUCGAAUCCUUUCUCUUGAAUGGAGUCGGUUACAAAUCUCAGAGACUGCACUUUGCUCUUAGUAUGAAUCAGUAAGAACAUCAUAUCUCAUCAUAUAUAAUAUGAACAUGAUAAUUUACUGUCUUCUGAGGUAAUGCAUGCCCCUCCCCCCUCCUUCAUAUAUCACUAAUCAUUCAAUUCUCUGGAACUUUAAAACACAUUUCUUAUUAACAGAUUUCUGAACGUCACAGGAUCAAAAAUGUAAGUGUCCCAGAAAAGAAACCAGUGAAAAGAAUCAUGUGAGAACCCCUGGAGCUCCACGUCUGUAUUUACAGGAUCUACAGUAGAAGGACUCUUCUGGACUCUCUGCAUUUUAAGUGCUGACACAUGCAUCUCCAUGGUUACUGAACAUGAAGUGAAACAUCUGUAUCGUGUUGAGUCCAACAUCCUCUCACUCCAAUAGUUUGAUCUACUUUGAUUAGAUAUGGAACAUUAAUGUAGAUAGGUUUAAAAAAAAACAAAUAGCACAAAGUGACAAUAAACAGGUUCAACAUGU